AAUAACUGGCUACGCGCUGAUAAGAAUCAUUCUCGUGUUUUAUUUCAUCGCGAGUACUCGUCAGUCGUUCGUGACACUCGUAACCGAAAGCGAGUGAACGAAAGUAACGACGAGGGUAUAGGAGUACACGUUUUAUCAUUUGAAAAUUGAUAAAUGACACUAAUGAGUAUACAGUGGCAAUCACUAUUAAUUAUUUAUUGAAAUUCAGUUUUCGUGUUUCGAAGAUCGAAAAUUUUAAUAUGAUUACAUUGGGAACGGCAGAUUACGCGGUGAUCGUACUAACGAUGCUGAUUAGUACAGGAAUCGGUGUGUACUAUUGGCGAACCGGUGGAAAAGAAAAAUCGACGGAAGAAUAUUUCGUGGCGAACAGAUCGAUGCGAGUGGCACCGGUUGCGAUUGCUUUAACGGUUUCCUACCUAUCCGCGGUCAGUUUGCUCGGAGUCAGUUCAGAAAAUUACCUUUAUGGUAGCCAGUACGCUGUGAUCAAUGUCGGAUACGGACUCGCUACUCCGAUAGUCGCAUAUUUCUAUAUGCCGGUGUUCUUUAAUCUCGGAUCAGCCAGCGCUUUCGAGUAUUUGCAACAACGUUUCGGAACAGCUGCAAGGUUGGCAGGUAGCUUUGCUUUUCUUCUUCAGCUGCUUCUGUACAGCGGGGUCGUGUUGUACGCACCGGCGCUUGCCCUCGAAGCUACCACAGGAAUCUCGACGACCGCCAGCGUAAUCCUCAUAGGACUGGUCUGUACAUUUUAUUCGACGAUCGGCGGUAUCAAGGCAGUGUUGAUCACCGAUGUAUUUCAAAGUAUCUUGAUGCUGAUUGCCGUUAUCGUGGUGAUCGUCACGGAAGCGGUGGACGUCGGAGGAUUAGAUGAAAUCUGGGAGAUCGCGCGCGACGGUUCGCGGAUAGAAUUCGACAACAUUUCAAUGGACCCAACGGUACGACACACCUGGUGGAGCUUGACAUUUGGCGGUUUCUUCACCUACCUAUCCUUGUUUGGCAGCAACCAAGUUCAAGUUCAGAGAAUGUUAACCAUCAGAAAUUUGAAAGACGCGAGAUCAGCGAUCUGGUGGAGUUGGCCAUUGUCAUCGAUCAUGUCUUUGGGGCUUUGUUUCUGCGGCUUGGCGAUAUACGCUGAAUAUCGUAACUGCGACCCCCUCGAGAUCGGAAGGAUCACUUCGUACGAUCAAUUAAUGCCCCUCUAUGUGAUGGACAUGCUAUCCACGUAUCCAGGUAUACCCGGUCUUUUUAUAGCCGGCAUCUUCAGCGCUGGACUGAGUACUAUCUCCGCCACGGUGAAUUCCCUCGCAGCCGUUAUACUCGAAGAUUUUAUCAGACCGGUAUGCCGUACAAGAGGAAAAGAUAUGAGCAGAGCAGAAUCAAUGGUUAUUAGUAAAAUUCUAGCCCUGAUAGUAGGUGUUGCUUGCAUAGCUGUGGCUUUUAUGUCCCGCUAUCUCGGAGGAUUGCUUCAAGCCGCGUUGACGAUUUUCGGUGUCGUCGGAGGACCUGUUUUGGGUCUAUUCACGCUUGGUAUGUUCACGGAAAGGGGUAAUCAGCCAGGAGCUGUGAUCGGUCUGAUGAUCAGUUUGAUUUUCUCUCUGUGGAUCGGAUUCGGUCAACCGAAGCCACCGAUUCCGAACAAGGUGCAAGCUACCGAAUGCAAUGUCACUUUCUAUCACGAUUACGAGGAAUCGUUGAAUUUACAUUUUCAGAACGGGGAGAGUAACGAUGAUUCGUACUUCUAUCUCUACCGCAUUUCGUACAUGUGGUACUGUCCGAUCGGAUCUGUACUCAGUUUCGGAGCUGGAUGGAUCUUUAGCUGGAUCUUCGAUCGAAUCUCUAAGGAAGAAAGAAAGGAAUUGAAUCCCGAUCUAUUUACCCCUAUUUUGGCAUCGAGAGUGCGCAAAAGACGAUCGAAAUACAUCAAUGAAUUUCAUAGCAAUAUCUCCUGAUGAACUCAUCCAAAAUCGUUCAUUUAUACCGGACAGAUCGCCACUCUCGUAAUUGGCCUUCACCUAAAUACAAGUCGAGCCAAGUCUGAAUUCGACAAACCGGACACGUGUCCUCCUAAAGGAGCUAACUAUUAACAUUGUUUCUGAUCUAUCUAAAUAAAGGAAAAUCAUUAUUGUAAAA